AUGCUGAUGAUCCUGGCCCGAUUGGUUCGCUCAGAAAGCUUCUGGGCGGUCGUUAAGGUUCGCUCCUGGCACACCGGCCCGGAGUUUGGGUACCCUAGAGUCGGCGCCUCGUCACAUAUGCAGAAGCUGCCGCUCGUUUUCAUCCUAUCCGCUGUGGUCCCUUCUUGGGCGUGCACCGCUGCAGUGGUGCCGUUUCACGACGGGCUCGUGAUCGCCCGCUCGUUGGAGUGGAGUUGGUGGAAAUCUCACGACCCCGAGAAGAUUUUCUUCCACCCGAAGGGCCACACGGACGACGGGGCAGACACCGGCGAACCAUCCAAUUACGGCAUGGUUUGCAUCACAACGAAUUCGAUAGAUGGUCAGAACGUGACGUUGCAAAACAUUGCUACGCUAGAUGGCAUCAAUGAGGAGGGCCUCACCGUCUCCACAAACGUUCACAAUUCGGCAGAAUACCAGACGACGACCUCGGCGUCGAACAACAUUGGACACCACCAAGUUGCCAAACACUUGCUUGCGCAGUACUCGACGGUCAAAGAAGCGAUCGACUAUCUCAAGGGCGUCCGUGUCUAUCGCGGGCUUAACGAGAAGGCCCCCGGAUGUCACUGGCUCGUGGCGGACUCCAACGGCGACGCUGUCACCAUUGAGUUCAUCGACGGAGAACUCAAGGUGUACAACAACAACAACGUGGGCGUGCUGACGAACGACCCCUCCUUUGAUUGGCACCUCGGCUACCUUGACCAAUUCGCUGGGUAUAGCGUGAAGACAAUUCCCAAUGCUCCAAACAAAACGAGCUGCGGUCAGUUCUCGAAAUCAAUGUCUACGUCCGGCGGCGAUGACGAAGAGUGGCCCGCUUGCAAGGCGUACACCGACGAAGACCCAGAGGACCAGCGCAAGAAUGUGGAGGUGAACACGCCCAAGAGCACCUCCAACGGCAUGGAAACGCGGCUGCUCCCUGGCUCUUACACGCCGGCUGAUCGGUUCGUGCGCACCUUCCUAAUUAAGGAGACUGUGAUGCAGGAAGAUUCGCUCAAGCCAAAGACGCUCGACCAGGCCCUGGUUGUGGGGACGGGCCUCCUCAACAACGUGCACAUUGUCCGCGGCAGCGUGGACCGAGGAGUAGCCUAUUCGGAGUACACGGUGUGGGCAGUGCUCAAGGUUCCAAAGUACGAGGAGCACGGGCCGUACUUUUACUACCGGACAUACGAGAACAUGCAGUGGAACAAGAUCGAUCUGAAGCAGCUCAAGGAGAUGGGGGCGUUCAGGGCCGGUGCGGCAAAGAUCAAUCCGAUUCCCUUUCCAAGCCUGGACCGGUUCAGUGAGGACUCAAAGUGGGGCUCCUUUGACGCUGGCGUCAAGGACACAACCCCCCAGUGCUGCAGCCCCGGUGAAACCGCCCACGGAAGCCGCACGCUGCUCUUUGCAUCUAUUGAUGGUGGCGACCGCCGACAGAGGGUGCCGAAAAAUGCCUUCAGUGGCCACACCCUCCGCCUCAUCCUACGUGGAACGCCACGGUCGAUUACGUUCAUGUACAUUGCCGAGGCCUUCUCCGAGGAGACAGUGUAA